CAAAAAUCGAUUUGGUUUGAAUUCGCCUGUAUGAUCCAUCUCAGCCAAUCACAGCAGGUAAUUAUAUAGAUUACAUAAGCAUGAUUAUCCAUCAAGUCACGUGGGCGUUCUUUCAUCGCGGUCGAGGCUGAUAUCAACAACUUCAUACUUCAUUGUUCGGCUCGUCGAUGCGCUGGUCAGCCAAACAUUGAACUUCAGUCGCCGGAAUAAAUCCAUCGGCCUGUUGAGUAAUGCCGUAUGUACUGUGAUAUGACCGGUUUUACUUCGAGUGCUUUAUUUUUUCAAUCACGGCUUGCCAGUGAAGCAUGCAACAUCCAUAAACAUCAGUUAUGGCAGCGCCAAUUGAACAAUGGAGACAAUUACUCCGUGAAUGUUUGAGUCGUCGGGUAGAUGUGAGCGAGUUUUGCAAUCUAGUCAAGCUUCUGUCGAAACGUGCGCCCUUGCCAGAAGCGGCUCUAGUUGAUGUGAUCCUGGAGUCUCGUUCUGUAACUAAUGGCCAAUAUGACCCACUCAUACCUUCAUAUGUCGACGCUCUCACCAAAUUUGGGAAGCUCAAAACAGCUACAGUGCUCAACGGCCUGCGAAAACAUUCGUCUAUUGGAGACCAGACCCUAUCUGCAGACGCCAAGGAGAAAACAUCAAAGUUGUCUACUCUGAUGAGCGACACUCGCAUUGUCCAAGAUACCAUAGUACCGUUAUCUAGCCCUAAUCUGUCAAUAACCAUUCACGAUGUGACUAGUAUCUUUACGGUGGCUUCGGAAUGGAUAUUGUCCCUGGUCCGUUUACAUUCGAGCAGCAUCGCUGAAAACCAGCAGACUGUAGGGUUACUAAACUCGCCGGACGUGCUGGCUCUGUUUGAGUCCUUGGGUAUUUUGUUUAUUGCGUUGUCUGCGACCGAAAAAGGUCUUGAUGCGUUGUCGUCAGACAUAUUGCAAGGUUUCAAGAUACCGCUCGGUCAGGCUCUUACCACAUAUCUGUCUUCAUCUGCUGUUAUUUCAGUGAACCUGCGAACCCGCCUUGAUGGUUUGCAAAAGGCUUAUCAAUUGUAUGGGGAGCCUCCCUCAAAAGAAAUUGAUCAGAUGAUGGAUGGAAUGAACAUGAAUACUCUUCAAUUUGAGGCAUCUGUGAUAGAUGGUCCUGUCAUUAACUCUAGAGCUGGGCUAUAUGUAUAUAUAAAUGCUAUGCUCAUUGGUCGCCCCCUUGUUGACGAUAACAUGUUGUUGAAUUACUUAUCAAACCGCUACGGGGGCCAUUAUGAAAUGCUUGUUCAAGAACUGAUUACUGCAACCUUCGACGUUCUUUCUAACGCAAUGUACCGAAACGAAUCCAGUCGGAAUAUGUUUGUAUUCCGGUCUUUUCUUGUUAACAAGCUUCCGCCAUUUCUCGCCAGUAUGGCCGCAACGUCGAUACAGCCUAUUCCAAUGGAAAUAUGUAUAGGUCAUGCCUUGAAUCGAGUCGACCCCAAUGCCUUUCCGUCAUUUUCUCAAAUGUUUGAAAUGCAAGGCAAUACUGUGCUUUCGGAUGUCCGACAGGAAUUUCUGUUUUCGUGUGCCUUACAUAGACUCAUCCCUGAAUCUAGCAUUGAACGUCUUCUUGGUGAGAACCCUAUGCAGACGCUACCUGUCGGAGGCCGAUAUGUCAAGGAGGACAUUGCAACCCAAAUCCACUCCAAUCAGGAGCGAGCGGAUCAAUUGAUAUCCGAGAUUGAGUCAAUGGAAGGAAAUGCAGGCGCCAUCGUCGCCGCUGUUACAGAUGUCAUACAUUCCCUUUGUAAUCAAAGAGAAACGGUUACGCUAAAGGGUAUUUGUAAUUCAAUAUCCCGUCGACCUCAGGUCCUCGACGUGAUGCUCCUCUUUCGCAGUUUUAAAAACAUUUUGCAACCUAUUUGCUCUCUUUUGGACGCAUGGAAGUGGGAUGAAGAUCAAGGCGAAAAUCAGCCUAUGUACGAUGAGUUCAGCAACAUACUACUAUUGGUUCUUGCCUUUAAGUACCGCUACGACCUCAACCAGUACGAUUUGGGAAUCUCAGAUAACCAGUCCUUUGUAUUGAAGCUUCUUGAUCGAGGCUCGACUAGUCUGAAGCUAGACGACCUGUCAGAAACACAGAACAAAAAUCUUGGUGCUUGGAUAUCUGCGCUUUUCAUAGCUGAGGGGAUUAGCGAAGAAACCAUGUCUUCUUGCAGUCCACAAGAAUUUUAUCUGCUUGUGGCCACCCUAUUCAGUCAGACAUUGGGUGCGUGUGAACUUGGAAAGUUAGAAUUGGACACACUCAAGGGUGGUUUUGAAUAUCUACUUGAACCAUUUCUGCUCCCAUCCCUUGUCUUCGCGCUCUCAUGGCUGGGUAACUAUAUUUGGGAAUCAGAGAACAACCCCACAAUUCCAUUAAAAGUGCUUUAUGCUUUGGUCAAGCCAAACUCAAUUUCAGGAGAAGCCGAAGCAGUCCAUCGGACCGUGCUCAACAUUAGCGCACGCUGCUUGGAGGAACAACUCAAAGAUGUGCGGGCUCGACAUCCCGCUCGCUCAGAUAUCAAACCGAUCCUCGAUGUCCUUGAGCCAUAUCUGUCAUUCCAACGCAAUGGAAGUAGCCGUCGAAGCGAAUUGGACAGUUGGACUUCGCAUGCCGGCGGGCUUAGCGGUUCUAUACGCAACACAUUCCAUGGUCUUGUGCUCUGGAGCGCCAGCGCAGACAUAAAUAUGUCUCCCCACUCCUACACUCAUCGCCAGAUUCUCACGGGUAUCAGGCUGCUCACGGCCUCUCGCAUCCUCCCCGUACUAAUCGACGAGUUGAAAUCACAGGCAGAAUCGGGAACACUCGACCUUGCCCUAGAUGUUGCCGCCACGCUAAUAUGCUCUCCCGUGCCUGAAGCCUUUGCCAUGGAACAAGCAAUGUAUCACCCAGUUGACCCAAGCAAAGAGGCUCUUCCGCAAUGUCCCAUACUUACCCUUCGCGACGUACUCAUCCUGCAGCACCAAACCGUUCCCAAGCUCUCAGAAAAGGACCCAUCCCGGGCAGAAAUCAUUGUACGACUGACGCGACGGGUUAACUCACUCCUCGCUCCUCCCACACACGUGGACAACUUGGACGUGAGCAAUAUAAUGGAGGACAUUAAUCUCGACGCCGCGACACAUAAUCCGAUGAACUUGGGUGAAGGCGAUGACACCGGAAACGGGGGCGGUAGUCUUGUGGGCGCAUCGAAUGAGAACAUCGAUCAAAUCCUCAACGAUGCUGUGGCGGGUGCAAAUGAUGGAUCGGGGCUGGGACUAGGAUUGGGUGGAAAUGUUGAUACUACAGGCAUGGACACGAGCUUGGAGGACAUGUUUGAUGUGGCGAAUAUGGAGAACCCGGAGCUUUUAACGGAUUUAGAUAUGGAAGGUAUGUUUUAAUCCAUGAUCUGUUUAAAUCUAUUUGAAAUGUAGUAAGAGAUAUAGUAGAGUGGCUGCCAGCAAUCAAAACAUGUGAAUUUUAUAAUAACUCAGUUAAUAGGAAUACACGUAUUUACCAAGUCCAGUAGCAUCAAUUUAUACAAAGAUAAACCCAAAAUAUAUAUACACUCACCAUCUACAGAGUCGCAUCAAUUGAAAUAGU